CGUACAAGUCACCCACCAAGUAGAUAGUGAUUUGUUUCUAUCACGAAUCAUGCAAAUAUUCUUAUCCACCAUUCUUUAAACGAUAAAUAAAUAAUGUAAAGAAAUAUAUGUAACAAUUUAGAAGUGUGCGGACAACAUAGAGUUGCGAUAUAAAUCAGUGGAUAGUCGAAGAGUUCAUAAAUGAGACUUGGGGUGCUUUUGCUUCUGACAGUUGCGUCAGUGUGGGGCUUCCCUGAGCGGAGAGCAGCUGAGAAACAGCAGCAGCUACUGCCUGGGCAGCAGCUGGAGGGGAAAGAGAAUAAAGUGAGAGAAGCAACCAGAGACUGCAAGGGGAAGUGUGCCACUAGUAUUGCCCAGAAGGCUGCAGCCGAGGCGAAAGCUGCGCAGGCAGCGCAGAACGCAGCUGGUGCUCAAGCUGCGCAUAUGGUAAAAACCCAAUUAGCUGAAAAAGCACUUCAAGCAGCAAAAGCCGCUGAAGCCGCUCUAGCUGGAAAACAAGCUGUAGUUGAGCAGCUACAACAAGAAGUGAAAGAAGCUGAAGCCGUAGUCGCUGAGAACACAGCCGCAGUACGACAACAACAGUCGACAGUUAACACCGCUGUACAGGCAGCACAACAAGCGACUGCCCAACACAGGCUAAUGGUACAGGCUACACAACUGGCAAGCCAAAUGGAAAAGUCUGCUCAUUGCGUGCUAGAAAAGACUAAAAUCGGACUGCAGGAGAAAUGUCACAACUUGUCCGAAGCUCGAGCAAGGUUAGCUCAUCUUCAACAUAAGUUGCAAUGCGCCUGCGCUGAAUGCACAGCAACGAAGCAAGCGGCCCAUUCCGCUUGUGAGGCUGCAAGAGCUGCUUGUGGAAAUGCCAGGAGAAAAAAACAUGUGAUAAGUCGAAAUGCUCUAAUACCGAAAGAGUCUAAACAUUGAUAAUGAUGGAAUUGACAUAUUUAUACUGUAAGUGAUUAGCGAAAUGUAUUUGUGUUGCUUAAAUGUUUUCACUGUUCAAUACAAGAAACUGCUUUAGCAAAUACUAAUCUCAUAAUUCAACUUCCAAUAAAUGAUGGUAAAGAAUGUGUGGAUGCAGAAAUGAUGACUCUUUUAGAUUAAUUUCGUUUACUAUAGUUUUGUAAUUAACCGUGUUAAGAUGUGUACGAGUAAUUUUUUUUGAUAGAACUACGUUCGUUUAAGCUUCUGAUAAUAUAGUGUAGA